CUUUUCUCGAUUGUCAUCGAUGCAAUAACUGURUUUACAGGGCMAAAAUACAAAAUAUACUCCUCUUUUGACUAAAAAACAYCGUUCAAAAGGACUCAAGUAUGGCCUCGAUAGAAGCGGGUUGAGAUACUUCGAUUCAUCCUUGAUAAAAACGGCGAAUUCAGUUCCAUUUGCCACUCGACGAAGAUCAAGUUCACAUUUUUUUUAUUGUCGCAUAGAUGGUUUAAUAUUUUUAGCUUUCAGUCAAAAUGUUUAGUUUUAUUCCCAAACGAUACAUUCUCUCUGGUUUGAUCUUCGCUGGGUUUGUCAUCAUGUCAGGGCUGAGAGCGAAUUUGAACGUUGCUAUCGGUGCCAUGAUAGGCAACCAUACGAUCAACGUUGACGGCAAGGACAUCGUCAAGCGUGGAGAAUUUAAGUGGGACUCAAAGAUGGAAGGUGUGAUUCUAGGAGCGUUCUACUAUGGUUACAUGGUGUUCCAAAUACCUGGUGGUGUACUAGCUAUGAGGUUUGGUGGUGCCAAGCUGUUUGGCGUCGGCAUUGGUAUUGCCUCCAUAUUAACUCUUCUAACUCCUCUUGCUGCUCGCCUGUCCCCAAUUGCUGUCAUCUUACUCAGAAUUGGCGAAGGACUUUCCCUGGGUGCGUUAUUUCCCUGUAACCACGCAAUAUGGAGCCACUGGUCUCCACCGGAAGAAAGAACUACAUUGGUGACGGUGUCUGUAGCUGGUACCAGUGUUGGCUAUCUCAUUACCAUGCCUAUAUCCGGUAUUCUUACCAAAUAUGGGUUCGACGGUGGUUGGGGUUCGGUAUUUUACUGCUUUGGUGUUUUUGGCUUAUUAUGGUAUAUGAUAUGGUUACUAUGUGUACACGAAACACCCGAUGACCAUCCGAGUCUCUCUGACGAGGAGAGGCUAAUACUAUCGCACAAUGACAAGGACUUGCGAUCCAAGGUUGGUAAUCCUGAAAUACCUUGGUUUAAAAUACUCAAGUCUGCUCCAGUGUGGGCCAUCAUCGCUGCCAAUUUCGCAUUGGAUUGGUCGUUUUACGUUCUUCUGAUUUCAUUACCGAAGUUCCUUGUUGAAAUAUUUAAUACAGAGAUACAUACCGUGAGUAGAACAUUAGUUGUGUCGGGUAUGGAGGAUAUUACAUGGGGCGGAGAUACCGAUUUAUUGAAGAUCUCUGAAGAGUGA